GCAUCCACAUCUGCUGUUUUUUUCUAAACAAACUUAACUCUUCUCCAUGACAAAAGACGAUACCACCCAAUACGGCUUCGGAACCAACGCCAUUCACGCCGGUGCUCCCAUCGACCCCCACACGGGGGCCGUAAUCGAGGCCAUCUCGCUCUCUACUACUUUUGGCCAGUCGCAGCCAUCCAAACCCAUAGGUGUCUACGAAUACUCCCGGUCGGCCAACCCCAACCGUGACAACUUCGAACAGGCGGUAGCUGCUUUGGAAGGCGCCCAGUACGCUCUCGCCAUCAGUUCGGGCUCCGCCACCACCGCCCUUCUUGUCCAGUCCUUACCAGUUGACUCGCACAUUAUUUCUGGCGGCGACGUCUACGGAGGCACCCACCGGUACUUCACCAAGGUGGCCUCGACCCACGGGGUCACCGCCUCGUUUGUGCCCGACCUCGUCGACGACCUCGAGGCAGCGUUACGCCCCAACACUCGGAUGGUGUGGUUGGAAACUCCUUCCAACCCAACUUUGAAGGUCACCGACAUCGCCGCCGUCAAGCAGGUGUUGCAGCGCCACCAGGAUGCCACCGGCUCCCGCGUGGUGUUGGUGGUAGACAAUACGUUUUUGUCUCCCUAUAUCUCCAACCCAUUGGCCCAUGGAGCCGACGUGGUGAUCCACUCCGUCACCAAAUAUAUUAACGGCCACUCAGACGUGGUCAUGGGCGUGUUGGCCACCAACGAUGACUCCUUAGCCGAAACCUACCGGUUCUUGCAGAAUGCAAUCGGGUCGGUGCCUUCUGCGUUUGACUCCUGGUUGGCCCAUAGAGGCUUGAAGACCUUGCACUUGCGGGUCCGCCAUGCCGCCACCUCGGCCUUGUCCAUCGCCCAGCACCUCGAGGCUCAUCCCAAGGUUAAGGCCGUCAACUACCCAGGUUUGAAAACCCAUGCCAAUCAUGGCGUGGUGUUGAAACAACACCGCGAUGGCUUGGGAGGAGGUAUGAUUUCCUUCAGAAUCCACGGCGGUGCCGACGCUGCGUCUGUGUUCACCUCGUCGACAAAGUUGUUCACGUUGGCCGAGUCGUUGGGAGGAAUCGAAUCUUUGAUCGAGGUGCCUGCCAUCAUGACUCAUGGUGGUAUUCCUCGGGAAGAGCGCGAGGCCAAUGGGGUAUUUGAUGACUUGGUCCGGGUGUCGGUGGGUAUUGAGGAUACCGUCGACUUGUUGAGGGACAUUGACCAGGCUUUAGACAAGGUCCAGUGAUAUAUAAUAGGUAGAUAAUUCUAGAAACCCUUUGGCUGCAAAGUCGCACUCGACGGGAAAUCUGUCCAUUU